AUGAUACUCCAGCUGAGCGGCGUAGUAACUUUACAAUCUGCCGGUACAGGACCCGGCCAGCCGGUCGAGGCGAACUGGCUGGAAGAAGAGGGGGCCUGCCGGGCAUGUAGCGGCCGGCCGGUUGUGUUCAUCGGUCCGUCUGUAGCCCGGUCCGAGUGUGGUCCCUUCUCAGGACAAUUAGAGGUAGCCGAGGCGAGAGAGCAUCCUUCCAGCUCUUGCCUACCACACAUGAUCUGCACCGUCGGUCUCUGGCCCGGCUGGCAACACACAAGUAAGCCGCAAGCCUGCCUCUGUGGCGGGGUGUACUCACUCGACCGUCGAUUCACUCCAGGCUCGGACAGAACUCAGGCCAGUCGGCAACCGACCCGGCUACACGAUUUUGGCCGCAUCGAGGGUGCAUCUCUCUGUCCUCUUGGAGAUUACUUUCGCAGACCGUUGCGUUGA